AUUGACCAUAUUGGACAGAUUGGAUGUUGUUUCUCUUCACUUCUGUUGUUAUUUGCAACAUAUUGAUCCGUGGACAACGAAGUCAAGAAUUACCCGAGUGGCCAUUUCCAGUUCCACUGAGACAGACAUCUACAUCGUCAUACUGGAGCCCUGGGGGGUGUUCUUGAGGGUAUAACCAAGAGGACAAGGGAGACGCCAUUUUGGCUAAAUGCACGUUUCCACUCAUAUUUGACCCACAUCCUCCAAUUGAGAUCGACCCCCCAAUUCUUCCAAUUCUCCGAUUUCCCCUUGUCUUACGUGAAACUUACCUUUCCAGAAUCUUCUCAAUCUCUUUCGUUCACCAUUAUUAUUCGCCCGCGUUUCGGUCCAUUCCACGCCCCCCACCCGUCACCGGAUAAUUUCGCAUUCCGACCGACCAUUAUACCCGAGUGCUCCAUCCCGUGACCCAUAAUCAUUUUACCCAGCCCGAUCACUAUGUCAUCAGGUUUCGUUUCAUCCGGGACAAACGAGAAGCCAAUCGAGCGGGACGAUGAGUGGCUCAAAGUGCAGCAGGAGCUCGAGGAGGAGCGGAGACGAAAGGCCGAGAUAGGGAAGCAGGAUGAAGGCAAAAGUCUCUUUGAGGUGUUGGAGCGGAAUAAAAUGGCCAAACAAGAAGCUUUUGAAGAGAAAUCCCGUCUCAAAAACCAGUUUCGAUCCCUCGAUGAAGACGAAGUCGACUUCCUGGAUUCUGUUCUCGAGUCAACACGCGCGCAGGAGGCUGCUGUGAAGAGGGAAACGGCGGAACAACUUGAAGCAUUCCGCCGACAGCGCGAGGAGGCGCAGAAAGCACUGCUUCAAUCAACCUCGUCGGAUGUGACACCCGUGCAAGAAGAAUGGACCGCACUAGCACGCAAGAGACGGAAUGAUAAACACAAGAACUCAUUGAUCCCAGGGAAGAAGCGCAAGGCUUCAGUUACCGAGAACACCGCUGGGAAGGACACACAGAAUGGGAAGGACUCCCAGAAACAGGCCGGAGCUGACGGUUCGAUUACCAAGAAGCUGGCCCAAGGGACUUCUAAGCCCAAUAAGGCCACACCUGCUGCUUCUGAAACUACAAAUCCUGCCACACAGCCCAAGGUGGUGACAGAUACAGAGAAGGGACAAGUAAAGCCAAAAAGCCCGACAAAACCACCCCCGGUUUCACUUGGCUUGGGAGGAUACAGCUCGGAUUCUGAAUGAUGAACCAAAAUCCAUGGAUGGCCUCGGGAACUAGUUAGCACAAAUAUCUAAGUUAACAUUGUAUUAUGUAGCUCAAAUUAAUGAUUCAAG